AACAGACAAAAUAUAUUAUAUCACUUUAUUGUUUUUAUUGCUAUUAUUAUCGGGGGGAAAAAGAAGACAAUCGAUUGUGGAGUAGCAGACGAAACUCUUGGAUGAAAUCACAAAGAGAGGAAAAUAAUUGAGAACAAAUUUGGCUAAUAAAAUUUCUCAUUCAAGAAACAAACAAACACAAUAAAUUGAGAGGACCGACUUUUUCUUGCACAAGGAAAAGAAGAUAAAACGGACCAACUUUGAUAUCAAUAAUUGAAUAUUGAUAACGAUGACACACCCGAUUCCUAUCAAAGUAAUCUUUUGAUCUUGCAAUGACAUAUACUAUCUAUUAAUGUAAAUUCUACAUUUUAGACAUAAUUAUAUUUCUUCCUUUAUUUGCUUUGCAUAGGUUAUCUAUUUAUGCAAAGUUUACGUUCAUGUAAUACACACAUAAUAUUUAUGAUUGAGAUAUUCUUUCACAUGGUAUCAAAGCCUAAAGCUUUAAUCUAGGUCUACUGUACCAGUCAUCUCUGCUCCCUCUGUCGUGAAACCCAUCGACAAUGAAGUCCUCCACGUUUCUUAGAUAAGCUUCGAUCAAAUCCAUUUGUGCAUCUCCUUCUUCGUUUAUCGUCUUCCUCUGUUUGCACAUCUCUAUUCAUCAUUCGUUCAGAUCUAUUCUUCGUUCAGAUCUGAAUAACAGAUCUUGCACUCUACUUUGUGCGUCCCUCUAUUCAGAUCAUUGCAAAUCUCGUCCAACCUCUUCACAGCGCUCCAGAUCCCACGAAUCCUAGUCGAGGAAUUUCGGUUUCGUACGUUGUGCGAGAAGUUUCGCACAUUGCCACGUUUUUGUGGCUGUCACUUCAUCUUUGUACGUCGUCUUGUUUAGACCACCAUUCGCUUAUUUGGCCGUCGCAAAACACGCUGACAACAUUUGUUGUCUCCAUUCAACUCCACCAUCUUUGUUUAUUUGAGUGAACCACCGAUUGUUGAUGAUAUGAUUAUUACUAGAAAUGACCCGCAUGCCAUAUUUGACCAACAACAUUAUCUUGGUCAACAUUUGAAAGACCUUGGAUCUUUCAACUAUUUUCUUGGCCUUGAAGUCUCUCGAUGCUCGAAUCAAGCAAAAUAUUUCUCUUAUCUUUUAGCCUGCUUUGGAAUUACUGACUCCAACACAGCUUCAACACCGUUAGAUCCCAAUGUUCAUCUAACUCCUUUUGAUGGUGUUCAUCUUGAAAUGUGAGUUUAUAUCGGCAACCUGUUGGCAAUCUCAUCUAUCUAACAAUGACUCAUCCAAACAUUGCAUAUGUUAUUCAUAUUGUUAGUCAGUUUAUGGCUGCUCCUCGAACCAUCCAUUUUAUUGUUGUUUUGCGCAUCCUUCGCUAUAUUAAGGGAACUUUGGGGCAUGAUUUUCAAUUCUCUUCUCAAUCUUUCCUUGUGUUAUCUAACUAUUAUGAUGCUAAUUGGGUUGGGGAUCACACUAAUCGACGAUCUACCACGGGUUACUAUUUCUACUUAGGUGAUUUUCUCAUUUCGUGGUGUAGUAAGAAACAAAGUGUUGUCUCCCGUUCCAGUAUUGAAUCCAAAUAUCGUGCUCUUUGGUGAUAUGGGUGCCCCUCAACAGGAUCUCAUAUUUCUUCCUUGUGACAAUCAUAGUGCCAUUCAAAUUGCUCAUAAUGAUGUCUUUCAUGAUCGUACAAAGCACAUCGAAAACGACUGUCACUUUGUUCGUCAGCACCUCUUGAGCAACACCGUCCUCCUUUUACGCUCUAUUUCCACUACUGAGCAACCCGCAAAUAUCUUCACCAAAGUUUUAUCACCUAAUCGCUUCCAUCAGUUACUUACCAAACUCAAGUUGACCGUCACUCUACCAUCUUGAGUUUGAAGGAUGGUAUUAAUAUAAUGUACGAGAAAAUGAAAAUAGAAGUAGAAAAUAUUUGUGAGAAAGGUAUGGACGAAUUGUUGAAUGUAAAAGAAGAGUGUAUGGCUUUCAACCCAUGGAGGACCAAAUCCUUUACUCCUAAACAUCAUCCCGCUGUUAUUCAGGUACUAUUGGAGAGCAGUAAAAACAAAGACAUCAGUGGAGAGGCAUUACCAAAUCUCAUCUAUGUUUCAAGACAAAAAAGUUUAACUUCUCAUCACCAUUUCAAGGCUGGUGCUCUUAACACUCUGCUUCGAGUAUCAGCUACAAUGACAAAUGCACCAAUAAUUCUAACUUUGGAUUGUGACAUGUAUUCCAAUGAUCCUCAUACACCUGCUCGUGCCCUGUGCUAUUUCUUGGAUUCGAAACUUGGAAAUAACUUAGGUUAUGUUCAGUUCCCUCAACGGUUUAGUGGAGUCAGCAAAAAUGAUAUAUAUGGAGGAGAAUUAAAACACGUAUUUAUGAUGAAUCCAGUUGGUUUUAAUGGGCUUUUAGGCACAAAUUACGCUGGCACAGGCACUUUCUUUAUUCGACGGGUAUUCUUUGGAGGCCCAUCAUCAUUUGAGUCAUUUGAUCUCUCCAAACAUAGUCCAAAUCAUGUUGUUGAAAGGUCCAUUGAGUCUCAAGAGGUCUUGGACUUGGCUCAUUUGGUUGCAAGUUGUGAUUAUGAGAAUAAUACCGAAUGGGGUUGUAAGUUGGGGUUUAGAUAUGGGUCAUUGGUGGAGGACUUUAUCACAGGAUAUUGUUUGCAAUCUGAGGGGUGGAGGAGUGUAUUCUGCAACCCAAAAAGGGUUGCUUUUUAUGGUGAUGUGCCGAUCAACCUUCUUGACGGGUUGAAUCAAAUCAAAAGAUGGAGUAUUGGGUUUUUCGAAGUUGCUUUCUCAAAGUACAACCCAAUCACAUAUGGUGUAAGAUCCAUGGGCCUUCUCAUGGGGCUUUGUUACACACAUUAUGCAUUUUGGCUCGCUUGGUGCAUUCCGGUCACUGUCUACGCCUUCCUCCCUCAGUUGGCUCUCAUCAAUGGCAUUCAAAUCUUCCCACAGGUUUGGGAUGCAUGGUUUGUAGUAUACAUAUUUUUGUUCCUUGGAGCAUAUGGUCAGGACCUUGUAGAGUUCAUCCAUGCUGAAGGAACAUUAAAAAAAUGGUGGAAUGAUCAAAGAAUGUGGAUGAUAAGAUCUGUAUCUAGUUUCUUGUUUGGCUGCAUAGAGUUCACAUUGAAGUCUCUAGGGAUUAAUCCCAAUUUUGGUUUCAACCUCACCAGCAAAGCAAUGAAUGAAGAAGAAAGCAAGAGGUACAAGCAAGAGUUGUUCGAGUUCGGAGUUUUCUCGCCAAUGUUCGUUCCCAUUACCACUGCUGCCAUCGUCAACUUAGCAAGUUUUGUCUGUGGGUUGAUCAGAAUUUGGAAAUCAGGGGGGGCGUGGGAACAUUUGUUUGCUCAGAUGUUGGUGGCUGGAUUUGGUGUGGUGAAUUGUUGGCCAAUUUAUGAAGCCAUGGCUUUGAGGAACGAUGAAGGGAAGUUGCCACCCAAACUUACUUUCUUUUCUAUCUCUCUUGCUUUACUUCUUUCUUAUUUUGCUUCUUUUUUUCACUAGAAAAAUAUAUUCAGUUGAGAAUGUCUAGAACACGACUUAUCAUAAAAUUAAAUUAUACAUUCUAUUUUGCAGUUGGGUUUGGAUAUGAAUAUCUGGUUGAAGAUUA